AUGGUGCAAGAACAGGGUGAGACGAAGCCACUGCCAGAGUCCUUGCUGAAGAUUGCCAAGCGGGAGCUGCGCGAGGAUCGCUGCACUCGCGAACAGAGUCUGGAACAGUUAAGGAACUGGGUGGCCAAGAACGAGGAUCUUCAGAAUGUCCGGUGUGACGAUACCUUCCUGCUGAGGUUCCUCCGAGCCAAGAAAUUCAGCGUCCCGAUGGCCGAGCAGACGCUGCUGAAGUACCUGAACAUCCGUCGCACCUUCCCGCACAUGAGCACCCAACUGGACUACCUGGAGCCGCGACUGGGCGACCUCAUCGAUCAGGGAUACAUCUUCGCGGUGCCACAGCGGGACAAGCACGGACGGAGGGUGGUGGUAAUCAAUGCGAAGGGACUGAACCCAAAGAUCCACACCAGCUGCGAUCAGGCCAAGGCCCACUUCCUCACGUACGAGUGCCUGAUGGAGGAUCAGGAGACACAGAUCACCGGCCUGACGCACGUGGGAGACUUUUCGGGCGUCUCCACCGCACAUGUCACCAAUUGGAAUCCCACGGAGUUCGCCAGGAUCUUCAAGUGGGGCGAACAGUCGCUGCCGAUGCGCCACAAGGAGAUCCAUCUGAUCAAUGUGCCCUCCACCCUCAAGUGGCUCAUAGACUUUGUGAAGAAUCGCGUCAGCUCCAAGAUGAAGAACCGUCUCAUCAUCUACGGCAGCGAAAAGGAGUUGAUGAAGGGCGUGGAUCCGGGCUGUUUGCCCCUGGAGAUGGGCGGAACUAUGCCCAUGCGCGAGAUGAUUGAGCUGUGGAAACAGGAGCUGGCGACCAAGCGAGAUCUCAUCCUUGGCCUGGACAAGAGUGUCCUCCUCUCCGAUCGCGGCAUCCAGCGGAGGAGCAGCUUCAAUGCUGAGAAGACUUCCACCGGCGGACCCAACUUCGUCUCACAGAUCGAGUCCAUCGAGGGCAGCUUUCGGAAGCUGGAGUUCGACUAGCCGCCCGGAUCUAGUUUUAGUUUUUAGUUUAUAGUUUUAGGCAUCAUCCGUAACCCCCCAAUGCGCAACGCUUUGCUGGUCCGGUACCCCGAUCCCGUCAAGAGCUGAUCCAGGGGAUCUCCGCUUUGCUUUUCGGUGGCACCCGCUUUACUCAUCCUGCGCUUCUUUGUAUACUGUUUUGUGUUUGACGUACAAUAAACAUGAGGAAUAAUUUGGAA